AUGCCAUCACCGUCCAAGCAGCGGAAAAUCGCCAUCGUUGGCAGCCGCUCUGUCGGCAAAUCUUCUUUGGCGGUCCGCUACGUCGAGGGACACUUUAUCGAGAGCUACUACCCGACCAUUGAGAACACGUUCAGCAAGGAGAUCCGCUACAAGGGCCAGGAGUACGCCACCGAGAUUGUCGACACCGCCGGCCAGGACGAGUACAGCAUCCUCAACUCGAAGCACUUUAUCGGCAUCCAUGGCUACGUGCUCGUCUACUCGGUCGCCUCCAAGCAGUCGUACGAGAUGAUCCACGUCAUCCGCGAUAAAAUCCUUGACCAUCUCGGCGUCAGCUGGGUGCCCCUGGUCAUUGUCGGGAACAAGAGCGACCUGCGCCCCGAGCAGCGCCAGGUCACUGUGGAGGAUGGCAAGAAGCUGGCCGAGAAGUUUGACUGCGCCCAGAUCGAGGCCAGCGCGCGCUUUGACACCAACGUGGCCAAGGCCUUUGAGCUUCUGAUCGGCCAGAUCGAAAAGGCACAGAACCCCAACGAGCCGCAGGACGGUGGAAAGUGUGUGGUGAUGUGA